GCACGUAAUGAAAAUCGUUAAGCGUCUGCGUAGUCAAAAAUCAUCGCCAAUCAUAUGGACGGCGGCGCAGCAACACAACAGACAAGUGAAGUCAACACAUAAACGCAUAUAAGUGAAAUUUGCACAACCAUCGAAGAGACAUCUGUUGCUAGCUGCUCAUUUAUAAGAGUGUGUGCGUGUUUCUCAUUCGCAUUAUAUGCGAUUUAAAUCAAUUUUUCAAAUCGCACGGGCAUCAUCCAAUUACAACAGCUACGCAUUUCUUUAUUCAGCCGUUUGAUCGCAUGUUGCACUCACGUCAUUUGCAUUUGCAACAGUAGCAACAACAGCAACAACAACGACAAACUAUAGCCAUACAUUCAUACAUACGUACGUGCAUAUGUGGCGUCAACCUGCCUGUUGAACGGCAUUUGAUCAGGAAUUGCAUCUCUACUUCGCCGCGUUCUCCACCUCCUCAAAAAAAAAAAAGACAAAAACAAAACGAGCAUCACUCAACGAUGGCUUAUGUAAUCUGGAAAAUAUUUAUGAAGCAAUAUUCGCGAUUUCGUUUCGAUUUGGCAACUACAUCACCCAGCUCAGCCAGCUUGCUUAUAAGACACCCGCUAACUGCCACUUACAAUCAGCCAGCCAUUUUGGCGAAUCCACAGCCCAGCCACAGCAAUGCCAACAACAAUAGCAGCAACGUGAGUAGCGGUCAAAAUAGCAAUAUCAGUGGGAACAGCACAACCAGACCGCCUGAGGGUGAAGAGCAAGAAAUUGCAGCAGUAACAGUAACACCAGCAACAGUACAGUUAUAUCAUAACGACAACAAUACACAUAGUUGCAGUAAUAAUAGCAGCGACAUAGCAGACAAUGAAGAACACUUGGCCGAGGUGCUGGUGGUGCCGGCGAAUGACACAAAAACUAUUGCAACAAAAACAGCAUUAAAAGAAAGCACAGUAGUGGAGGUGGCAACAAAAAACAGCGCCAAUGCAGCUGACGUUGAAGCAGCCUACGAAAGUCUGAAAGGUGAUAGAAACGUGGCAAAUGAGGCUGCCACAAUGGCGGGGAGAGGAAAUGCCAUAGCACCCAUUGCGCGCGAAGAAGAAGACACUGUGGAGGUGUGGUCGUCGGAGGGUGAGGAUGGUACAGAUGUGGAAAUGGCUGAAAGCCAACCAGAUUACUGCUGCUGUUUAGUGAAUAACACCGAAGAGAGUAGCCAAGUCGAUGCGAAUUCCAAAGUUAAUCCAGUUGCAACAAUCACAGGCACUUCAACGCUAGCAGUGACGGUCACGCUCGCAUCGACGACGACGACGACGAUGUCACUGAUGACAGAAAAAUCAGUGCAGCGUAGCAAAUCGCGUGUGCGUACAUAUUUGAAAAAGUGCAGGGAUCGGCUGACGGGUCAACACCAACGGGCAAUCUCAUGCGAAAAUGCGACUACAACAGCAGGCUGCUCCACGUAUUUAGAAGAUGAUAAAUCUAAAGUAUUGACUGUCACUGAGGUGUUGAAAGCUGCUCCCAACCGAAAUGCCAGUGAACUUAGCGGCGAGGAGGAGGCGUGCACUUGUAUAUUAAUUGCAACAACAGAGCAGCAGCAGAACGAAGCGGUAGAGGGCACGCUAUUAACCCUCACUGAAGAAGCAGAGGAGGAGGAGGAGGCAAGUGAAGAAGAGGGAACAGCAGCAGCAACAGAUGUGAAUUCAGCGAGCGAACUAACUGAGCUGGUUUACGAGGAUAUUGACUUUAGCCUGUCGUCGGUGUUGAUGGACAGCAGCAGUUCGAAUGUCAGUGUUGACCAACACCAAUCGACACCGUUGACCUCUGCGCAUAACCGAGACGCCCUAACGUUAGCUGCUGACGUUGAUGACUCUGGUGAUUUACCUGUCGAAUGUAAAACAAGCGAACAGCAACAGCAACAACAAAAGCCACAAAAUGCAGGCUUACGGCAAACACAAAGCCAGUCGAAAAACUUGGUUGCUAGAGAUGAAGAAGAAGGAGAACGGCAGCAGCAACAAACUCAACAACAAAUGCAGCCGCUCAUGUGCAGCUACAACAGCUGUCCGCCACUUGUCAAGGAGGAACAAUUGGCGCAUGCCGUACGAAUGGACUCGGGCACCGCUGCACUGAUUGAUAAACACCUCGCCGCCAUUUAUCCUGUCUAUGCGGCAUGCACACGUGAAAUUUUAAUUCGUCAGGCACGUGAUUUACUCGUGAGUUCCUACUCUGCUUGCCUGGAGUCGUUCGAAAUGAAAUUCUUAUGCAAAUUUGCUGAAAUUGCUGCAGAGCUGCGCCAACGGCAUGCCAUCGGUGUGCCUUUAGUUCUCAUGUUGCCAUCACCACACCAACGUCAUCCAACAACUGCGAAGCUGCCAAUGAACCAAUAUUUAGAUCAUAUCUAUCGAACUUAA